AUGGGGAAGCGCACACAGAAGCCAGCUCCAGGUACACCGACUGACUCCCAUGAAGUAGGGGCCCUGCUCCAGCGGCAGGCCCAGCACAAAAUGGCGACCCAGGAAGAACAAGAGGCUUCAGCUGACCCCCUGAGACAAAUGCAGGACAACAGCGACACUCAGUCCAUAUUGCAGGGACUUGAACAGACCUCACCAAGCUGCCCAGACCUGUCAGCUCUGGCCACCAAAAAAGAUAUUAAAAACCUCUCCACAGAUUUCCAGUGGAAGCUGGCAGCCGAUAUAGCAGUGAUUCAAGCUGACAUGCAGGUAGUCACUGACAGGGUUCAUGCCACUGAACCUGGAUAUCAUAAAUGUGAGGCAAGAAAUGUCUAA